AUGGAGAUGAUGACAACAAUGAUGAUGGAACUUGACAAACUUCCAAACCCAUUUUCUCUCCCUUUCCAACAUCUUAACCACCCCACUUACCCUACCCCAGAAUCGCCAGCAAUUCCGCCACCGCAGUUUAGGGUUUCACACGAUUUCCCACGUCCCAGCUGGUUACAGCAGAAGCCGGAUUCGGUGGAGGCGAUGAGAGAGAUGAUAUUCCGAAUGGCGGCAUUGCAGCCGAUCCAAAUCGACCCGGAAUCCGUUAAGCCGCCGAAGAGACGUAACGUGAAGAUAUCGAAGGAUCCACAGAGCGUGGCGGCGAGACACCGGCGGGAGAGGAUUAGUGAGCGGAUUAGGAUACUGCAAAGAUUAGUGCCAGGUGGUACGAAGAUGGAUACUGCUUCGAUGCUAGAUGAAGCUGUUCAUUAUAUGAAGUUCUUGAAAAAGCAAGUUCAAUCAUUGGAACAGGCGGCAGCGGCGGCCGCAGGUGGCGGAGGGACGACAACCGGGAUCAGCAACGUUGCCGGGUUCUGCAGCCCCACCACCGCCAUGAACCAUCAUCAUGGUGGUGUUAAUUAUGCCAAUGUAAUUAGAGCCUGCGGUGAGCCUGCUGCUGAUCAGAUGGUGGGGUCUAUGGAGUUGCUCAAGUGAUGGAGAUGGGAUGGAGGGUAUUUUCG